AUGUUUCCAGAUGAAACCCAUCAAUUUAAAGCAAUAUUGCAUUUAUUGUUGCAUUUUGGAUGGAUCUGGGUUGGGUUGAUUUCUCUGUUUGAGGAAGAUAGGGACAGGUUCAUUCAAAAGAGACUUCCCAUGUUUUCAGAGAGAGGAAUCUGCUUUGACUUUUUAAUAUGUCUUCCCCAAAUGGUGUAUGGUAGUGAAGCUGCUAAAAUGAUGGAAAAUGCAGAAAACAGAUACAAAGUGAUCAUGGAGAGUACGGUCACAGCAGUCAUUUUAAGUGCUGAAAUUACAGGCAUGAUUCUUUUGAGACUAAUGAUCAAUUUUUUCAAUUAUGAUAAUAUUCCAAAAGAAAGACAGGCCAAAGUUUGGAUCAUGACAGCUCAGAUGGAAUUUACCUCCAUUUUGAUGCAAAGACAGUUCCACAUUGAUUUUCUUCAUGGUGCUCUUUCCUUUGCUAUUCACUCAAAGGAAUUGACCGGAUUCCAACAAUUUAUAGAGAGGAGAAACCCAUACUUUGAUAAAGAAGAUGGUUUCACUAGGGAUUUCUGGAAAGAUGCAUUUGAAUGCUCCUUCUCCAGUGAUAUUACAGAUGGGAAUGCUGAAAGGAUCUGCACUGGAGAAGAGAAGCUGGAGACUCUUCCUAAUUCUGUCUUUGACACCACCAUGAAUGGACAUAGUUACAGUCUCUACAAUGCAGUCUAUGCUGUGGCACAUGCUCUGAAGGCCAUGCGCUCUUCCAAACUCAAACGGGGACGAAAAAUGAAUGAGAUGAGAUGGAAGCUCUUCCUCCGAUCACCUUGGCAACUGCAUGAUUACUUGCAACAAGUCUCCUUUAACAACAGUGCUGGAGAACAGGUUUCUUUUAGCCCCAAUGGGGAAUUAGAAACUGGAUUUGACAUUUUCAACUGGGUCACAUUUCCAAACAAAUCCUUUCUGAAAAUCCAAAUUGGAAAGAUUGACCCCAUGGCUCCCCCAGAUAAGCUCCUUACCAUUUCAGAUAAGGAAACCGUUUGGCCUCUCAUAUUUAACCAGACAUUACCUCUUUCCAUCUGUAAUAAGAAGUGUCCUCUUGGCCAUAGCAAGAUAAAAAUGGAAGGAAAAUUAUCUUGCUGCUAUGACUGUAAAAUAUGUCCAGAAGGGAAAAUAGCUGAUCAAUUGGACUUAUAUGACUGUUUCCCAUGCCCGCAGGGUCAAUAUUCAAACAAGAAUAAUGAUAGUUGCCUUCCAAAAAGUAUAAUUUACUUAACUUAUCAAGAACCUUUGGGGAUUUCUUUGGCAGUGAUUGCAGUCUCCUUUUCUGUCAUCACAACUGCAGUUCUUGGGAUAUUCAUGAAAUAUCAGGACACACCUAUUGUUAAAGCCAAUAAUAGGAACCUCACUUAUAGCCUUCUUGUUGCUCUCCUGCUCUCUUUCCUUUGUACUCUGCUCUUCAUUGGGCAACCUGACCAAGUGAAAUGCCUCUUGCGACAAACUGCUUUUGGCAUCAUCUUCUCUGUAGCUCUUUCUUGUAUAUUGGGGAAAACAAUCAUAGUGGUCCUUGCUUUCAUGGCCACCAAGCCCGGAUCCAAAAUGAGAAAAUGGGUGGGGAAAAGGCUGGCUAUCCCUAUUGUCCUAUCUUGCUCCUUGACACAAAUUUGCAUUUGUGUGAUGUGGCUCAUAAUUUCUCCUCCCUUCCCAGAUUCUGACAUGCACUCCAUGGCUGAAGAAAUUGUUCUACAAUGUAACGAAGGUUCAACAGCAAUGUUUUAUGCAGUGCUUGGCUUUCUGGGCUUCUUGACUGCUGUCAGUUUCACUGUGGCCUUCCUAGCCAGGAAUUUGCCUGACAGCUUUAAUGAAGCCAAAUUUAUCACCUUCAGCAUGUUGGUCUUUUGCAGUGUCUGGGUGUCAUUUGUUCCCACCUAUUUGAGUACCAAGGGAAAAUACAUGGUGGCUGUGGAGAUCUUCUCCAUUUUGACUUCAGCAGCUGGUUUAUUGGGCUGCAUCUUUUCCCCCAAAUGCUAUAUCAUUGUAUUGAGACCUAAUCUGAAUAAGAAGGAGCAACUAAUGAAAAAAUGA